AGCUCCUCCUGCUGCUGAUCACACUUAAUAUACGUAUCAUGUGGGCAAACAGCGUCCAGAGAGCCGCUAUAUAAACCUCCAGCUCAUCUGUCAGAGGACACUGAUACUGCUUCAGGACUCUUUAAGAUUCUUGCUGCGCAGCUGUCAUAAUGUCUAACGGAUGGGGAUAUGCAGACCAUAACGGACCCGACAAAUGGUGUGAAAACUUCCCCAUUGCUAAUGGACCUCGCCAGUCUCCAAUAGACAUUCAAACCGGUGGAGCAUCUUAUGCUGAAUCACUGAAACCGCUUAAACUGCAGUACGACCCCUCCACUUCACUGGACAUCCUGAAUAAUGGACACUCUUUCCAAGUGACCUUCGCCGAUGAUGACGACAGCUCAACUCUGACGGAAGGCCCGAUCUCAGGCAAAUACAGACUCAAGCAGUUCCACUUCCACUGGGGAGCCAGUGACGACAAGGGCUCCGAGCACACAGUCGAUGGGAAAUGCUACCCAGCCGAGCUCCAUCUGGUCCACUGGAACACAGAAUAUCCCAGCUUUGGGGAAGCAGCCAGUAAGCCUGAUGGUCUUGCUGUGGUCGGAGUUUUUCUAGAGAAUGGAGCAGAAAAUCCUAAUCUUCAGAAGGUUCUGGAUGCUAUGGAUGCUAUCAAGUGCAAGGGAAAGCAGACCUUAUUCACAAACUUUGACCCAACUGUCCUGCUCCCAGAGUCUCUGGAUUACUGGAUGUACCUGGGGUCUCUGACCACCCCUCCUCUGCUCGAGAGCGUCACAUGGAUCGUCUGCAAACAGUCAAUCAGCAUCAGCACAGAGCAGAUGAAAAAAUUCCGAUCUCUGCUUUUUACUGCAGAGGAUGAGGCGGCCUGCUGUAUGGUGAACAACUAUCGCCCUCCUCAGCCUCUGAAAGGUCGUGAGGUCCGUGCAUCUUUCAAAUGAAGGAAUCCUUGGGAAUCGAGCCCAUGACCUUGGCAUUGCUAGUGCCAUAUUCUUCUGUUUCAGCCACAGGAUUUCAUAUCACAAGAAAAGGGGGGAAAAAAGUAAAAAA